AUGAAGUUCACCCUCACUACCAUCGUUCUCACAGCCCUCACCGGCACAACCCUCGCCCACAUCCCCGGUGGAGGUCUCGGCGCAGCACCUGGAAAACAGCUGGAGGGACUCAACCUCGGGGCUAUGACUGGCCCGGGUGCCACCCCUCCCCCUGUUGCCUUGUCGGCCCCAAUCCCAGCCGCAUCCACCCCGGCCCCGACCCCGUCUAUUCCAGCGUUUAGCUGGCCCAUUUCCGGAGCCGUGUCGACUCCUACCACUCUCAAGAAGAAGGCCAAGCGUACGCCGUUUGCGUUCACUCCUUCUUCCACUUUGCCAACUCCGUCUGCUGUUCCUAGCUCUAGUGCUGGGGUUUUGGCUAAAUUGGAAAAGCUUUUGUAUUAG